AACAUGCUGCGGCCGUAAAACUACAGCAGGCGCAGAGAAAUUUGGACCAGAUUGUUUUUCCCAGAGAAGACCAAUAAAAUGAAUUCCAGUAUGUGGCUUCGAUUGCGCUUCGCGCUAGAACGCUUCGAGCAAAUCCUGCCAAGUUUGUUUGGCUUCCCAGGAAGCCGCUUUCCCCCGACUGGUGCCCUGGCGUUGAUCGGAACCGAGGGUAGAAGGCUUCCGGUUCCCUCAGCCGAGUCGAGCAAACCGUUCAGUUUGAAGGAUCUGAUUGGCGAUGGCAUUUUGUGGGCUGUUCCGAGGCACCGGCGAACGGUGGAGAAACGACUGAAGCGCAAGUACGGUAGUCCGGAGUACAAGUUGAAGAUUUUCACCCCAAAGACACAUCUGCGGAUUUGCGGCUCAUGCGGAAGCGAUCACGAGGUGGGCGUCCUCUGUCCGACGUGCUACAAGAAGGUCCGCGAUGAGACGGAACACAUUCAGCAGAAGAUCCAAGCCAAAUUGGGACUGGAGCCGGUGGACAAGGAGGUGGUUGUGCUGUACGAUCGCGAACGGGACGAGCAGCCGGAAGAGUUCUGGCAGGGUAAAAGGAUUGUCGAAAUGGAGAAGACCCGACCGGUGUGGUUCAGCAAGAAUCUGCUACAGCGAACUACGCAGCAGCCGGCCGAUACGGCUGAGGUGAAACCGGAGACGGAGAAAUUGGGUUGAAUUGUUCGAUGGAAUGAUAGAGGAAAUAAAUGUUUCAGUAA